AUAAAUCCCUGGAUCCAACCAAAUAUUAUACUCUGCUUCGUCCUUAAGCUUUUAAAACGCUUAUUUCUUUCAGUUCUUGAUUUCAUUCUCAUUCCUAAAAAGUAAAAUCAUCGUCUCGAUUCGCUCCAUUUUAUACGAUCAGGUCUCCAUCAUGGAUGUCAAAUAUAAGAUUGGUUUGCUAGUGAUGCUGCUGUCCUCAUUUUUGGCUUCUUCGGUCCUUUCAGCAUCUAGUGGUAACUUGAUUAGAGUUGGACUUCAGAAGAAGAAACUAGACCAGUUAAACAGAUUUCCUCAACAAGGUCAGAUGAAGGGAGGGAAAUCCUGCAGAGGUUCCCACAGGAGUUACAAUCUCCGUGGUAAUGGGGAUUCUGAUUCCAGUAUUGUUGAAUUAAAAAAUUAUAUGGAUGCUCAGUAUUUUGGAGAGAUAGGCAUUGGUACUCCAUCGCAGAAGUUUACAGUCAUAUUUGACACUGGGAGUUCAAAUCUUUGGGUACCCUCUACAAAGUGCUACUUCUCUGUCUCUUGUUAUUUCCAUUCCAAGUACAAGUCAGGCCUAUCCAGUAGUUACAAGAAAAACGGAAAAUCUGCUGAAAUUCAUUAUGGAACGGGAUCUAUAGCUGGUUUCUUCAGCCAGGACCAUGUCAGUGUUGGUGACCUCGUUGUUAAGAGCCAGGACUUCAUUGAGGCAACUAAAGAGCCUGGUAUUACCUUCUUGGCUGCGAAAUUUGAUGGUAUUCUUGGUCUUGGUUUUCAAGAGAUAUCUGUGGGGAAUGUUGUCCCUGUGUGGUACAACAUGGUUGAACAAGGUCUUAUCCAAGACCCCAUCUUUUCAUUUUGGUUCAAUCGAAAUGCUGCAGAGAAGGAAGGAGGUGAACUUGUCUUUGGUGGUAAGGAUCCCGCCCACUACAAAGGUGAACAUACUUAUGUUCCUGUGACACAGAAAGGCUAUUGGCAGUUUGAGAUGGGCGAUGUCACAGUUAAUGGGGAAACAACAGGUUUCUGCGCCAGUGGUUGUGCCGCAAUUGCUGAUUCUGGAACUUCUUUGUUGGCUGGACCAACGACUGUUGUUACGCAAAUCAACAAAGCUAUUGGAGCCUCUGGGGUUGUAAGCCAGGAGUGCAAGACAGUGAUUUCAGAAUAUGGACAGACCAUACUAGACAUGCUUCUCCAAAAGACUGAUCCUCAGCAGAUCUGUUCCCAAAUUGGCUUGUGCACUACUGCUCGGGAGGAUAUUGUGAUAAAGAGUGUGGUGGACAUGGAACAUGAAAAGUCCUCGUCAGGUGUCCACAGUGACCUCAUGUGUUCUGCUUGCCAAAUGUCAGUUGUGUGGAUGCAAAACCGAAUUAAGAAGAACGAGACUGAGGAGCGGAUAUUGGACUAUAUUAACCAGCUCUGUGAUAAGCUGCCUAGUCCAAUGGGAGAAUCGUCUGUGGACUGCAAUUUACUUUCUACAAUGCCCAAUGUUUCCUUCACUAUUGGCGGUAAAGCAUUUGAUCUCACACCCGAACAGUAUGUUCUCCAAGUUGGGGAGGGAGCUGCAGUGCAAUGUAUUAGCGGAUUUACUGCCCUUGAUGUUGCUCCACCUCGCGGACCUCUCUGGAUCUUAGGAGAUGUUUUCAUGGGUCAAUAUCACACUGUUUUUGACUAUGGGAACAUGCAAGUUGGAUUUGCUGAAGCUGCUUAAUCAAUAAAAUAGAUAUGUGUAAUCUACCCACUUCUCCUACCUAAGACAGGCAAAUAUAUAAAUCUAACAUCAUAUGUUAAGAUGGAUUUGCCACCAAACUGCUUGCUACGUGAAUUGUGCAUAUUUGUGUGUGUGUGUGUGAAUGCUAGCUACAAUGUCUUACUUUUAUAUAAUUAAGUUGCUUUUUAAUU